UCUGCUCGAGAAUUUUCCGCGGGGAGAUUCCAUGACGUCACACUGAGAAAUUUUCCUCCGGCCUGCAAAACGGUCUAGGCCAAGUGAAAAGACACGGGAUAUAUUUAUAAAUGUCUUCCUCGGUGAAAAUGUUGCGCAGUUUAUGCCGUAUAGCUUGCACGUCCAGGGUGCUUGCAAAGACAGCAGCAACUCCAAAUUCAGUGAAAACGAUUUUGCCACCGCUUCAGCAAGUCGUCAGAUGGGCGUCGCCAUCAGCACAGUUUGAUCCCGAGGACCCUAGAACAUUUUCCAAUAAACAAUGGGAAGAACGUCUCACACCUGAGCAAUACUUGGUAUGCCGAGAAAAAAAUACAGAACCGCCUUUCACUGGUGCCUAUACAAAUAAAUUUGAGAAGGGGAUGUAUGACUGUAUUUGCUGUGGAGCAGAAUUGUUCAGCUCUGAAACAAAGUAUGAUUCCGGUACAGGAUGGCCUUCAUUUACAGCAGUAUACAGCAAAACCUCCGGAGAUGAGAGAAGCUCAAAUGUCCUGAGAAGACCUGACAACAGUGACAGCAUGAUCAGGACAGAGGUCAUCUGUAAAAAGUGUGAUUCCCACCUUGGUCACGUUUUCCCAGAUGGACCGAAUAAUACAGAAAGGUUCUGUAUAAACAGCAGAUCCCUGUGGUUUCGUGAGACCUAACCCUGCCGGACACUUGGUGAUUUAUACAACCCUCAAACUUUGUCUCAGAAAACUUAAGGGCAGAAAAUGGCACCAUUCAAGGAAAAAUUAUUUAUUCUUUAUAUACACAGUAGAACCUCUAGAUUGGUUUUUGGAUGAAAUGUGUUCAGAUUUAGAUAACUGAUAAUCAGAAAAUCUGAUAAAGAUCGAUACACAAGACUCAGGUAAUCAUUAGUAAAAAAACAACUGAAAAGAGGUUUUAAAUUGAUGAAAGGAAAUUGACCAUUGUUGUUCAGGAGAGAUGCAAAUGUUUCCAGAAAUGAAAAUGAAUUAAACAAUUUUUUUUUUAAUUUUUAAGCAUGUCAGGAAAUUUGAUUUGUCUAAAAUAAUGACCAGAUAUCUGUUAUUGAUUUGUCUGAAAUGUCAAGCAUGAAAUUACUAAAUUGGUUCACUUUUGACAUAUAACUUUUACAUAUAUAAAAGUGUUGUUUGAUAUUUAUAGUGCAUAGUAAUUCUAAAUUCAUAUAACUAAUUAAUAUAUUUCAAAGCGAUACUUGCAAUCUAUUACGAGUGUUUUCCUGAAAAUAUCACUGUGUAUAACUUAAUGUGUUCUUUAAUCAAAUGUGUCAUGUAGUCAGUCUAACCAAAAUCAAGUCUCCCAUUCCUCUUUGGUACGUUGUUAUAUGGAGAUACAUAUGUAACAGAAGUGAAAUGCAAGAUCAGAGUUUAAUUAGACUUCUAGUAGAUUAUGUCCUGCCAAACAGAGUUUGGGAAAAUGUCGUUUUUACUUGUCAUCAUCAUGAUGUCCUCCAAACAGAGUUUGGGACAUUCAUUUUGACAUCUUUAGUACUCUACUGCCUACCAGUGUGUGCUAUAGCCUUAUAGGUGUGGACUCGAAUAUCAUUCAGCUGUUACUGCAUAAAGUUAUCUGCAGCAUAUACUCGUCAUAUAAAAUUGACAACUUUAUAUGUCCAUGUAUUUCUUUGGAAGACUGUGUUAAAUUUUGUAAGUCUCGCAAUGCUCUAAUACAGAAUAAUAUCCCUUGGAUAAAUUGUUCUAAAAAGUUUUCCAGAGGUGCGGAGUUACAGAUUAUUUGUUAUUGUUUGCCGAAUUCUUCUAAUCCUUCUGUUAAUUUUUCCUGUAAACUAUUCAAAGAUGGUGACCAUUGUGACUCUGCUUAAAUUUGGAAUGGAUGUUGAUAAGGGAUUUGUCUCCACUUUGAACACUGUCCCUGAGACUAUGUGAAGGAACUUUGACUUCAUAGUUGUCAUAUAUUCACACAUUUGUUUGCUAUCUUUGGAUUUUGAUUUCUUGAAGAAAAGUUAAUUGAUAUACAUUUCUUGUAUUCCGUUUUUAAAUUGUUCGUUUUAAGUUUGUAUAUUUACAGUUAGUGAUGAAUAUUAUUGAUAUUAAUGUAAAGUAUUAUUUAAACUGUUCUGAAUCCUACAGUUUUAUGUAUACGUUUAAGCUCUACCUACUGCUAUUCAGAGAACUGUAAGCCAAUCUUAACAGUUCAUACUGGGAGGGGGUUGAAGGGGAGGUAACCAGGAUCUGUAUUCUAAUUAGCAAGAGCAGUUAUUACAGGUGUAGUAACUUUAAUUAAAUAAGUAAUUUAGUUUUUAAUUAGAAAACAAAUACUUAUUGAAUGCUACACAAAAGUACAAAAUAAAAUGUAAAUAGAUUUAUAAACUUGAAAUAUUAUUGAAAUAUUAGAUAAUUUCUGAACAUUUCUAAUAUAAUGUUAUACAGCCCUACCCCUAGAUACCUAAUCAACAACUCUGAAACUCAUAAGAGUUGUUGUAAAGUUGAGGUAGAUUUGAGGUUAUCAAAGUUGAAGUAGGUUUGAGAAACCAUGAUACAGGAUUGUUAACUUAUUUUUGUUGCCAUUUUCAAACUUGUUUUGUUUUCUUAAAAUAGAUAGGGCAUAACAAGUCUUUGUUUUCAUGUAUUAGUAGCUUUUAAAUAUUAAAGAAAUGUUUCAAAAAGAAAGAAGUCUUGUCUAUAUAUAACAUAGAUUUGUAUAUAUUUGUAUAUAUCUGUUGUUGAGUUCUGUAAAUUUUAAAUGUGCCCUGCAUUUAUACUUGUUUAUACUUUGUGUAGUUGUCUCAUAUAUAUUUUAGAUGGCUGUGAAAUUCCCCUAAAAGUUUAAAGAUAAGGAGGAAAUUGAGCUGAAGAUUCUAAAACAAAAUGUCUUAUGAAAAGGUAAAGGGGGAAAAUGCAACAGAUUUAUAACAUGUGUGAAAAAUAUGCUUAGAAUAUGCUGAAAGCUGUAAAAGUGUAUGUCAGCUACACAAGACUUUAUAAAGGAAAAUAAUGACACCUGACAACUAUUUUUUUACACAAUUUUAACGUGAUUGACCCUAAUUUACCCACAACAAAUGGAGGUUUUGUUACAAAAAAAAAAAAAAAAAAA